AUGCAUAAAGAAGAUGAUCUUCUUCAGAAGAAAGAGAGGAGAAAGAGUAAGAACAAUGUAUCAGAUAGUUAUGAUGAUACAAAAAGUGAAAUGGAUAAAGAAGAUGAUCUUCUACAGAAGAAAGAGAGAAGAAAGAGAAAGAACAAUGUAUCAGAGAGUUAUGAUACUACAAUAAGUGAAAUGCAUAAAGAAGAUGAUCUUCUACAGAAGAAAGAGAGGAGAAAGAGAAAGAACAAUAUAUCAGAUAGUUAUGAUAAUACAAAAAGUGAAAUGGAUAAAGAAGAUGAUCUUCUACAGAAGAAAGAGAGAAGAAAGAGAAAGAACAAUGUAUCAGAUAGUUGUGAUGAUACAAUGAGUGAAAUGAAUAAAGAAGAUGAUCUUCUACAGAAGAAAGAGAAGAAGAAAAAUAUCAGUGUAUCAGAUGGUGGUGGUACAGAAAGUGAAUUUGAAAAAGAAGAUGAACAGAAGGAAAUCAAGAGAAAGAAACAGCAAAAUACAUCUAGAAGGCAGUAUGCUACCUCUAGAGUUAUUCAUAAGACGUUUAUGGGAAAACUAGAACAGUUUUAUGACAAUGUGAAUAUAGAUUUUCCUGAUAUUGAGAAUAUUAAAUCAUUAGAGAAACCAAAAUAUAAGUGUAAAACAUGUCAAGUCGCAUAUAGAAGGUAUUUGGACUAUGUCAGACAUAAUGUUUUUAAGCAUACAGAGUUGAAAUACCCAACGCCUUGUAAUAUAUGUAAAGACGAUAUAACAUCUACUGCCCACCUCCACGCGCACUGGAAGCUGCGACAUAAUGUCAUGAUGAAGUGCAAAUUCUGUGGCGACAUCUGUCGCAGUAUGGGGGAACUAAAGAAACAUCUGAACAGGACACAUACUAAAAUAUAUACUUGUGACAAAUGCGCUCAGGAGUUCCCAACGUUAAAAGAAUUUAGUGAACAUCAUCAGAAAGUACAUGAAUUCUUCGAGUGUGAUUACUGUCAGGCAAAGUACAGGUCUAAAACGGCGCUCGAGAAACAUAUUAAAAACACUCACGUACCCUAUCAAUGUACUGUAUGCAAGAAAACCUUCAGAAAUUUCCGUAUUUUUGUUGGUACACAUGUAAAGUACCACCACCCUGAAUUGCUAGAUAAAUUGAAUAUACGAUCAAAAAUCAAACCUACUAGUAAAGAAUUAAGGUACUGUGUUGAAUGUGACAAACAGUUCGCCAGCAUUCACUUGUAUAAGAGACAUAUUGAGCAUUCGGUGAAGCAUACGCGGAGACCUAUAGAAGAUAUAACAUGUCCGGCUUGCAAAAAAGUGUUUCAUAGUAAAAUAUAUAGAAAUAAUCACUACGAAUUGUUUCAUACGAACAAAACGAAGUAUUACUGUGAAAUAUGUAAUAAGUACUUUGCCAGAGGGCUCGGGCUAAAGAAUCACAUAAAGCAUGUCCAUCAAAAGAUUCCUCAAUUAAAAAAUAAAUUUUGCAACAUAUGCGACAGAGGAUUUUCUACGAACCGUAUCCUCGUGAACCACAGACGUACACACACCGGUGAGAGACCUCACAAAUGUCAAUACUGUCCGGCGGCCUUCGCUCAAAAAACAGCAAUGAUGACACACCAGAAAACACAACAUAAAAAUGUCAUCUCGUCGUCAUCACAUCAGACGUAA